AUGUGCUACUACUACCAAAUCAGCAAGUACAACUGCGGGCACGAGGAAGCGUCGGCGCAAGGCGAGCGCAGCGAGUUCUGCCUCUUCGAGCAGCGCAACGGGAUCUGCAGCCGCGAGCUCGGGAACUACCGACUGCUGGACAUCGUGGUCGACGACUGGUGCGGGCGGUGCCUCGCGACGCUGCGGCCCCUCCUCACCGAGUUCGCCAACGCCCAGGCGGCCUACGUCCCCAACGGGCCGCCGCCGCCGCCGGCGCCCGAGGCAAGGAUCACGCCGAGCGAGCGCGCGGAGCAGGGCGCGACAAGGUGGCACCUCAGGCAGGCGGCGCACGUCCCCGAGCGCGCGCCCCCGCAGAAGAGGCUGGGCCAGCUCAACUCGAUGGCGCACGCAAACCUGGAGAUCUUCCUGCAGAACGGCGCGGCGUACGCCGCCCGCACGUUCGCCUGGGUCAUCAGGUAUAUUGCGUCGCUGCCGUGGUGGCUCGACCGCAAGGGCCUGAUGGAUGAGCUCGAGCCGUGGUUCGCCGAGCUGCUGGACGAGGAGCACCAGAUUGUUCUGAGGGCCGCGCUGAGGUCGCUGGGGUGCGAGGGCGCGUUGGAUAAUGUUAUGGUGUGGAGACGGACGGCGUGA